AAUUUUACGUGGCAGCUUUAAAAGAGAAUUAGGAUUCAUAUGUUGUUCGUUUUAACUGUGUAAUUUUUAAACUCGAUAUUAACUGUACAGAGCGCCUUUAUAAAUCUUCUACCACUGCAAGAGACCAUGUAGCCAGUGUAAACAAAUGGAGGAAAUGCGGAACCUUGUUAAAAAAGACAAAUUCAGGGAAAUGAAGAGUGAAUGAACCAUAGUACUGUAGCAGAUAACCAUAGUAAGUGUUGCUGCCUUAUAGUUACACAAUGUUGGUGGAGCGAUACCGUCCGAUACUCUUUAUUAUGUACUUACUUCUACUUGUGGAUCUCUUCAUGAACUCUUUUAUUGAGAUGUUACGAUUUGAGAACGUCAUCUUAUUAGUGCUUUAUGUUAUCCAGGAUGUGUGUAUUUUGUUUGCUGUGAUAGUCGUUUUUCUCCUCUUCUUCAACACGUACAUCUUCCAGGCGGGCCUUGUAAACAUCCUCAUAGAAAAGUUCAAGGUCGCCAUAGGAAUCACCUUUAUCUAUUUUGGCCUCAAUGUUGGCCUUCAUGUUUGGGAGAUGACCCUGAGAUGGGAUGAGCCAAAUCUGUACAUCUGGGGAACCCCGGGGUUUAUACCUCUCUUUGUGAUCCAAAGAACAGGCGCUGUCCUGUACUACUAUUUCUAUAAGAGAACAGCCCUACAGCUAGGAGACCCGAGGUUCUACCAAGACUCAGAGUGGAUCAGGAAAGAGUUCGAGAGACGAAGAUAGCCCCGAGUACAGAAAGGGUUCUUAUCUAUGAAAGACAAAAAUAACUCUGCAAAAGUUUCGGAAGAAAUCUUAGCUGUUAUUGUGAUUUUACGCAUAAAAUCAAUUUGGAUUUUUUGCCAGUGAUAUUAGAUAUAUAGAUUAAAUAUAUACAGUAUAUAUACUUAAUUCAAGACUUUUGAAAUGUUUUAUAAUGUUGAUAUGAGUACUUGUAGAGUAUCGUUUUGUAUGUAGGUGCUUGAAGUAUGACUCUGGUGUAAUUUGAUCAUUGACUAAUACAGUUUAUGUACAUAAUUAUGCUUAAAAAUCAUAUAGUAAUAAACAAUUAUUGACUAAAGUAAACAUAUAUA